CGGCCUCAAUGCACAGGAGGGGGAUGCAUGGGCGAGGAGGAUAAUAAUCUAUUCGCUGCAAAAUGAGUGAUGGCUCUGAGCCUUGGACUAUUAGUUCAGUGUUCAGAUCCUUCAUAAGCUGAAUCAGCUUCUGUGCGCAGGCCGGUCACUGUAGCCACCGCUGUCACCGCUGCCGCUUUCGCUGCCACCCCACAUUUUCCCGUUCCGAUUUAAGCUACCCCACUGAAUGGUGAAAACUCCAUCAAGACGGGAAAUUUCACCAUCCGGCGAUCCUAGACUUAACUCGCGUCCCUGUGCUCGCCCUUCUUCUAUCAUACCCGCGCGUCGCAACUGCCAACACCCGAUGAAUUCUUGGUUGUGGAUUAUUGUGGAGGCAUAGAAAUAGAGGGUUCUAUCCAAUCCAAUUCCUCUGUUCGUGAUUUGUUUGGUUUGCUUUGGGCAAUAAUGGAAGCGUCAGACCAUCCAUGCGAUUCCUCUGGAGAAAAUCAGAGUGUUGUAGUGGAGCCAUCUUCCUCUUCAACUUUUCCACCAAACAACGAUUCUGAAGCAAACUCCGAUCCUAUAGGAAAUAGCUCUGAAGUUUUGUCCAAAGGAUUAUCCACCAUGCUUUCCACCAUUAUUAGGGAUUUCGAUUGCAAAGCUCAAGAAACCUUUAAAAGUCAAGACCAACUCCAUUUUGCGCUCGAUCGUCUUACAGAAGAACUUGAUAAAUUACUGGAAGAUGCGCCUUUGCCAUUCAUAAUGCAGCAUGCGGCCAAGAUAUCCAGUGUUAGGAGAAGAGUUUCAUCACUGAAUUCUGUUCUAAAAUCUAUUCAAGGGAGGAUUGAUAAUAUAGACCGCAUGCUAUUUGUUGGCACCACACAAGAGAAGCCAACCAGCGAAGGCUCUGGAUGAAUUGAUGUCACUGUCAGCGAAGUUCACUUCCAAAUUUCUUUUUCCACAUCUCUUCUUUGCUGUGCCCUCUCGAGUGCGUUGAAUGAUUUACUCAAGUCCUCUAGAUGAAGAAUAACCGAGCCAAAGAAACUUACAUUCUUGUUGUAUAGAUGCUUGAUAUCUCUUAAAACACUUCUGCAUCCAUCUACACAUUGUAUGUAGAUUGUAGACUGUAAACUAAAAUGUGGUUUUCUAAUUUGUUUUCUUGCGUCAAAAAAAA